UUUUUAGUAACAGUAAAUAUUUUCUUUUUAUCAACUUAUCUGCAAUUGCCACUAAAGCUUCAAAACAGAUUUUGCUCAGUGUAGUGUAAAUUUGUUUGUGUUGUACAAGGUUAUGAAAUUUAGAACAUCGUAGUGUCGUGUUGAUUGUUUCCAAAACAAAAGGAAUUUAACUUACCAAGGUACUGUACUUCCAAAUUUCACUAUUUAUAAACUUUAAUUUAUCCUAUGCUUAUCAAAAUGCAUUGAUUGUUACUAUUUUAGAAGUGUCCAGUUAUACCAGUUUUAGAAUAUGAAGGAGCCAGACAAAAACGAUUCGGUUGUAGCCAUACCUAAGAACAAGGAUGGUAUAAAAGUUCUUGAUGAAGAUACUUACUUGGAAAACAUAGGUAAAAUAAUUGAAAGAGACUUCUAUCCUGAUUUAGAAAAGCUGAGAGCUCAGAACUCGUACCUGGAUGCUGUUGAGAAGAACGACGUACAACGUUUGAGGCAAAUUUUUGCCAAAUACAGUCACGGUUGUCCUACUGCCGAAAGAUACGACGCCAGUCCUGCCACCUUUGAAACUCCUGACCAGCACACUGUACAAGAGGAUGCUCUGUUGAGACCUAGCAACAAACCUAGCCAGGAAGAGAUGGACGACCGAGGUGGCAAAGCCAAAGAGAGACCUCCUAGCCCCAAGUUUAGUCUGGAUCAGUAUCUGGGCACUCACACCAGUGAAGACAACAACAGCUUCCAGGAAAUGAUACAGGAAGCCGAUGAAAAACACAAGCAAAAGUUCUCUUGGUUAUAUGAGGCGGAAGAAAAGUGUUUGGAUGAGGGUAAGAACUCUCUUGUUGUGCCCUCCAUAGAAGAGCAAGCAGCUGGUUUGGAGCGACCGCUCAACAUAGAAACCUGGAAAUAUAAGAAUAGAAAUCACAUAAUGUACGUACCUGAUGGUAAAGUGUUGACCGCCGCUGAGAAGAUGGACUUGGUGAAUAGGAAACAGUCAGUGUCGCACCUAAAUACGCGCUUUCAACAGAACCCGUUCGACGAGAUACAGAAUCGAGAGACAAUCCAGUGUCUUGCCGUCAACCAGGCGAAAGCUCUGGAAGGUAAGAUUGGGGUGGAUGGUAAGGAACUGUCCAGCUCCAAUACUCCGAAAGUGAACGGCUGGAGCUUCGUGAAAACACCUUCUCCAGCGCCCGGAAUCACCGAGUCGCCACUCAUGACUUGGGGCAACAUUGAAGGCACUCCGUUCCGGCUGGACGGUGGCGAUACGCCUGUACGCAGCACACCGGGUCCCUCGUUCAAGAUACCCGAGCCGCCCAAACGCGAGAAGCUCGCGCUGGCUCUGGCCGAGAAGGCCGGCCAACAGCACAGGGAUCGAAAGAAGAAGGCGCUGCAAGCGGCCAAGAAGCACCUGUCGUCACCCGCGUUCAGUCCCAACUCUGGACUGGAUCGGUUGAACAGUAUGUCGCCGGCCGCGCGUCGACUUGCCUCCUCGCAAUUGAAGCGACUCGGAUCAGCUGAUCUCGCGCUGCAGGCUUCCUACUCUCCCAUGCGCGCCUCUCCAUUAUCUGGUGCCUCUGUGAUGUCUCCACUGAGACGGCGUGCCUCUCCAUACGUCGCCUCGCCGUCGUUGUUCGCUGCACCUUCGACUAGUAGUGGCAGUGGUCCCACACUAACUGAUAACCUACUGCAACUUAACCUGCCCAAGCGACCCAAGGCGGCCGAUUACUUCUAGAAUUAGAUGGAGAAGGAGGAGACACUAAACAUGGAUGCAUUGAAGGAGGAGGACGGAAAGAAUAAGCAGAAAGUUGUGUGUGCGUUCUGUCCAAGUGUGAUUCUGAUUGCUGGUGACGCACUCUACACUCAAAAUGAGUUUGCCCUGCCACUGAUGACGCGACAGAAAGGAGGCGGCGCGGAGGCAGAGGAGGAGCAGUUGAGCAGCUACUGGCUCGUGGCGGACAUGUACGACUUCCAGAAUGUGGGCUUCUCGCACACAGUGGGCGCGCACAAGUACCUCGCAUGUGCGGACUGCGACAUGGGACCGAUCGGCUAUCACGACACCCUAUCCAAGCGCAGUUAUGUGGCUUUGGCCCGGGUCAAGCACCAGCUGUAGUCGCUAACAUAGAGAAAAGAUAGCAUAAGAUAUUCCAGGCAGUUUAUAUUCCAAAUUUCAAGUCGAUUACUGCCCAUUAUUACUGUUUUGGCCGGGUGAGAUUGUAAGAAUGGCACAGUACGAGAGACUACCAGCGUUACAUUGCUACACAACAAAAUAACUACUAUGACUAUCGGCUUGGAACAUAAACUACCUAGGAUUUCUUGUUAUGUCAUCUUCUAUCUGUGCUCAUAGUCACUACUUUGGUUAGCUGUUUGUCCCUUAGGCAAUACUCACAUUACCCUACUCAAAUCGUACGAUUCCAGUCGCGUGUUCCAGUUUUUCAGACCUUUCAACUUGAUUCAAAAAUGUGUAAUGAAAGGCUCAUUCUAAUAAAUUUUAAAAAUUGAGUAAAGUUUCUCAUUUCAUACCAUUGAAAAAGUUUGAUUAAAACAGGCCUUAAAUUACUCAAUUUUGAAUAAGUCAAGUCGUCCAAAAUACAGGUACUCGCAACUGGAGUCGUACAAUUUGAGUCAAGUCGUCCAAAAUACAGGUACUAGCGACUGGAGUCGUACAAUUUGAGUUGCGAUAGUGUGAGUACAGCCUUAGGCCCAUCGCUCACGGUGUGACUGUUUCACAACCACCGUUGCAAAUCAGUUGCGCAACUGUUCUGCAACCUUGAAAAUGUAUUUAAGCGCAAACAACGCAACUGUUUUUUGAUUAUUUGAAACCAGUUUGCAACAGUUGUCACACCGUGUGUGCUUGUCAGCAUUGCGAAAUGGGACCCAACGUCUAUCAUACCACUCGAACCAAGCGGAGCAAUGUGCAUCUAGCUCUAGUACGUGUCAAACACCAGCUGUAGAACAACUGAACAAUGGAACAAUGAUUGGUUUGUGCUCAGUUUGUGGAACAACUAUUAUUUCUGUGCAGUUUGUUGAACAAUAUUAUUGUGCAGGUCUUUUAACAAUGGGCAUCGACUAGUACUCGAGAAAUCAGCUAUUUUCGUGUUUGCUGUAAGUUUUCUAGGAUAAUCGUGAAGUGAUACAAAAAUAAAGUGAUUUAAAUGGUU